AUGCCCACUGAGGACAUUAAUAAUAACCAAGAGGUUGAAUUUGACCAUGUUCCUGUUGGAGAUGUACUAUCAUCUGAAAGUACAACAGAAAUUUGUAUAGCCGAUCAAACUGCCAAUGAUCAAAUAAUUGUAAACAAUAAAAUUCCACAUGCAAUGUAUUUCAUUGUUGGUAAUGAAGUUUGUGAAAGAUUUUCUUACUAUGGUCUUAAAACAAUUCUAAGUAUUUAUUGUACAGAUUAUAUGGGUUACACUGAUGACUCUGCUACAGUUUUAAUUUCAGCUUUUAACUUUUUGGGUUAUGCUUUUCCUUUGGUUGGUGCUUAUUUUGCAGAUGCCAGAAUAGGAAAAUAUAAAACAAUUUUGUAUUUCAGUAUGUUGUAUUGUGUUGGUGGUAUUAUCUUAUCGGUAACAUCAGUCGAUGGUGUAACUGGUAGCUCUCCUUCGAAUCGUUCUUCAUGGGGUCUUAUCCUAGGACUUCUCUUGAUUGCAAUUUCUAUGGGAGGUAUCAAGCCUUCGGUUUCUGCCUUCUGUGGUGAUCAACUUCAAUCAAACCAAAAAGGAUUGCUCCAAAAAGUUUUCCAAAUUUUCUAUUGGAGUAUCAAUUUGGGUUCGUUCUUCUCUACCAUUCUCACACCAAUGUUGAGAAAGUACACCACAUAUUGGAUAGCCUUUGGUGUUCCAGCGGUCCUCCUGAUUCUAUCCACCAUUAUCUUUGUUAUUGGUUCCAAGAGAUACAUUAAUCGUCCAGUUGCCGGAAGUGUCUUGCUUGAUUCCUGUAAGGUUAUUGGUUGCGCUGUCAAGGAGAAAGUUCGUUCCAAACGUGAUGGUUACGAUGACAGAUACUACAAUAACCACUGGAUUGACAGAGCCAAAGUCAAGCAUGAUCCAAAGAUGGUCGAUUCCGUAAGAGCUGCUCUUAAAGUUAUGCUUAUUUUUGUACCAAUGCCAUUCUUCUGGGCAUUAUAUGACCAAACCUCAUCACGUUGGACUCAAUCUGCUGAAAAGAUGGACUUAAGUGUUACAUCUAACUUUAGUUUUGAGCCAGAUCAAAUUCAAGCUGUCAAUCCAUUGUUAAUUAUGAUUUUGGUUCCAGUUUUCGAGUAUUGUCUCUACCGUCCAUUGAAGCGAAGAAAUAUCAACUUCAGUCCAUUGCUUCGUAUGGUCGUAGGUAUGUGGCUUGCAGUUGCAACUUUCCUUCUUGCAAUGUUUGUCGAGAGAAAGAUCGAGAGUGAAGAGAAUGUUUCUAUCUUUUGGCAACUCCCACAAUAUGUCCUAUUGACAUGUGCCGAGAUCUUGAUUUCCAUCACUGGUUUGGAGUUCUCUUAUAGUCAAGCACCAGCUUCAAUGAAAUCAAUGAUUAUGUCAUUGUGGUUGUUCACCGAUUCCAUUGGUAAUUUGAUUAUUAUCGUUGUCAUCGAGUCGUUCAGUAUCACACCACAAUGGAAAGAAUAUCUUGUAUUUGCAUUGAUCAUGACUGUUCCAACCAUCGUAUUCAUGUACAUCGCCUACAAAUACCAACCAGUCGAUCCAUCUAUCUAUGAGUAUGAGGAGACUGAUAAAUCUCCCAAAUCAAUCGAGUUGGAAGAGAAGAAACAAGAUAUCAAAAAGAGAAAUAUCAAUGAAUCGCAAAGACAUCUAGAGGAAUCUACUGAUACUUUGUCACUGGACCAUUAA